GGGCGCCGAGCUUACGACUGGUGAACGGACGAACAACGACGGGCGUUGGACUGCACACGAGCAGCACCGAGUCUGUACGCUCGCCCCAUCACCAUACCGACACUCACACCAACGGCCAUAACUACCACGUCGGCAUCAAUCCCUCCGCCAACCACAACAACAACAAUCAUGCCCGACUGAACAAGGAUGACAGCAUCAAGAUCAGCAUCGAGAAUACCAACACCUGCACGGACAGUCUCGUUACCGCGUUAGACGACGAGACGCUUCUCAUUACUGAUUUCCUCGGCGAUACAGGCAACGAUAUGAAUUACAAAGGAAGCGGCAAAGUCCAUUUCGGGGUGGACGAUGUCUCCCUAUAUGGCACGCCGAAGGAGGAGUUGGGCCCCGGCCUGCCCGGCCAGGAGGUCAAGCAGAGCUUCAUCAAGAACCAAUUGCAGGCCCUGUUUCAACCAACUGACAACAAACUGGCCAUGAAAUUAUUUGGUAGCAAAAAGGCGCUCAUGAAGGAGAGGAUCAGGCAAAAGGCCGCGGGUCACUGGGUCAUCCAUCCUUGCUCGAGCUUUCGAUUUUAUUGGGACUUGUGCAUGCUUCUUCUACUGGUGGCCAACCUAAUCAUCCUACCGGUCGCUAUUAGUUUUUUCAACGACGAUUUGAGCACACGGUGGAUAGCCUUCAACUGCCUUUCUGAUACGAUAUUCCUUAUAGAUCUCGUUGUCAACUUUAGAACCGGCAUAAUGCAACAGGACAACGCCGAGCAAGUAAUACUGGAUCCGAAAUUAAUCGCCAAACACUACCUCAGGACAUGGUUCUUUCUUGACCUCAUCUCCUCCAUACCGCUAGACUAUAUUUUCCUCAUAUUUAAUCAAUUUCAGGAUUUCAGCGAGUCUUUCCAGAUUCUGCAUGCUGGUCGUGCCCUCAGGAUUCUUAGGCUAGCGAAACUCCUAUCACUCGUUAGGUUACUCCGAUUGUCGAGACUGGUGCGAUACGUGUCACAAUGGGAAGAGGUCUAUAUCCCCCUUUACCAACAGCCGGAGAGGCACUACGAGCGUCGGGCUACACCGCCCCAACCAGACCGAACCAGCAAGAUAUUGCAGAACCUACAAAAAAAACGCACUGAGCGGAGAGGGCGCCUAAGCUCUGACAAUAUGAAUAAAAAGAAGUCUGGUUUCAGCAAAAGCGACCUUAUUUUUAAGUUCCUGAACAUGGCGUCGGUGUUUAUGCGGAUCUUUAACCUUAUCUGCAUGAUGCUCCUUAUCGGACACUGGAGCGGCUGCCUGCAAUUCCUCGUGCCCAUGCUUCAAGGCUUCCCAAGCAAUUCGUGGGUCGCAAUUAAUGAGUUACAAGACUCAUUUUGGCUGGAACAAUAUUCGUGGGCCCUGUUCAAGGCCAUGUCACACAUGCUGUGCAUAGGGUACGGGAGAUUUCCACCGCAAUCAUUAACCGACAUGUGGCUGACUAUGCUGAGUAUGAUCAGCGGGGCUACGUGUUACGCCCUUUUCCUCGGUCACGCGACGAAUCUCAUACAGUCUCUUGAUUCCUCGAGAAGACAAUAUCGCGAGAAGGUGAAACAAGUAGAAGAAUACAUGGCCUAUCGUAAACUACCGAGGGAAAUGCGACAAAGGAUAACGGAGUAUUUUGAACACCGUUAUCAAGGAAAGUUCUUCGACGAGGAGCUCAUUCUCGGCGAACUUUCCGAAAAAUUAAGAGAGGACGUAAUAAAUUACAACUGCAGAUCGCUAGUUGCAUCAGUGCCGUUCUUUGCGAACGCGGAUUCAAACUUUGUCUCGGAUGUCGUUACGAAACUCAGAUAUGAAGUCUUCCAACCAGGUGACAUUAUAAUAAAGGAGGGCACGAUCGGCUCGAAGAUGUACUUCAUCCAGGAGGGCAUCGUCGACAUCGUGAUGGCUAACGGCGAGGUAGCGACAUCACUCUCUGAUGGCUCGUACUUUGGCGAGAUUUGCCUGCUGACGAACGCGAGGCGAGUCGCGUCGGUCCGGGCCGAGACCUACUGCAAUCUCUUCAGCCUCUCGGUGGAUCACUUCAACGCGGUGCUCGACCAGUACCCGUUGAUGCGCCGCACGAUGGAGAGCGUCGCCGCCGAGAGGUAUAAGCUUUGGCUGAACAAGAUCGGUAAGAAUCCGAACUUGGUAGCGCACCGUGAGGAGGAUCUUGGCAGCGAGUCCAAGACGAUAAACGCCGUCGUGAACGCCCUGGCGGAGCAAGCGGCGCACGCCAGCGCCAGUGAGGAAUCGGUCCACAGCAUGGAAUUAAGAUCGCUACCGGCUUGUUUAUUACCCAGGCCGAAGUCCGAGAACAACUUUGCUAGUCAGGAGCUGACACGCGAAGGUCGUCGAAUAUUCCACAAAAGCGAUACCUUCCACAAGGACUCGUAUCAAUGACGACACUCCUACUACUAGCCCACGCAGCGGUACUAAAGUUAGCCCUUAGCAGCUACGUCAUUCAUGGGACCCCUUAUUCGUUUUUUUACAUGCUUACGAGUGAGCACACCACAAACAUAGAACCAGUUACGUUCGCGCGCGAUCACAUUUACGCAUAAUAUGAGAAGGAUAACAUCAAAUAUGUACAGAAAGAGUCUUCGGAGGAACGUAAGGAAAUUAUUAUAUCGAUGCUGUGAAUAAUUUUCCUUCGUAACACGCAAUAAGUAUAAUUAUGGU